AAAAAAAAAAAAAAAAAUAUACUUGUAUCUUGUAUACUUGUAUAGUUGUAUGACUUGAAUCCAACUUUCAAUUGAAAAACACACUUAUAUAAACACACAAUGUCAAAAUCCAACGUAUACACUCGUCUUCAUGGCCUAUUUUCUUCAACACGAAACGCAGCAAACUCCAUUAAAUCAAAGACCCCAAAAUCCACUGAAUUACCAAAUUCUUCCAACAAUCAAGCCAUUAAUCUGGGUAUUAAAGAUCUCUUAGAUGAGAAAGACCCUCAAAAACUAGUACAAAAGUUCAAAUUUUUAUCUCAAGAAAAGUAUUUCAGGCAAAAGCAUAAAAUUUACGAAAAUACAAUUCAUCGUCUUUCUCUUGCAAAGCAGAAUACUUUAAUUGAAGAAGCAUUAGAAUCCCAGAAAAUUUACAUUGCUGGGGAACCGUUUGCUGCUCGCCUUAUAUAUUUAUAUGGGAAAGCUGGUUUGUUUGAUCAUGCACGCAAGGUGUUCGACGAAUUGCCUCAACGAGGUUGUGUUCAAAAUUUCAAAUCUUUCAAUGCCCUUUUAGGAGCUGCUUCUAAUACAGGGAAAUAUGAUAAAGUUAUCGAGCUUUUUCGUGUGCUGCCCUCUAAGUUGACGAUUAAACCGAGUGUACAUUGCUAUAAUACAGCAGCUCAUGCUCUGUGUAAACUUGGGUUGUUUGAUGAUGCAUUAUCAUUGCUUGAUGAGAUGGAGAAAAAUGGCUUAAACCCGAGUGUCGUAUCGUAUAAUACGCUUCUUUGUGCGUUUUAUGAGAGUAAGGGGUUUGAGGAAGGUGAAAAGAUAUGGAAAAGGAUGAUUGAAAAGGGUGUGAAUCCUGAAGUUUUAAGCUAUAAUUUCAAGGUGCAAAGACUUGUUAAUGAUGGCAGGGUUUUCGAGGCGAAGGGGUUUGUCACAGAGUUAGAAAGUAAAGGACUGAGGCCUGAUGUUGGUACUUACAAUGCUUUGCUUCUAGGAGCAUGUAAGAAUGAUGAUUUGGAUGAAGUUGGACGAUGGUAUUAUGAGCUCUUGAACAGCGGUUGUUCUCCCAACAGGGUUACAUUCAACACCAUUGUUCCUUUUCUAUGCGACAAAGGCGAUUAUGGCUUGGCAUAUAAAGUGUCCAAGAGGAUGUUUAGACAUCAGUGCUCGGUUGAUGAGUCUUUGUUGCAGAAGGUAGUUGAUGGAUUGACAAAGAAAUCGAUGAUGGAGGAAGCGAAGGUCCUUGUAGGACUUGGAAAGUCUAAUACUUAUUUUCCUUAUGAUCUUGUAUUGCCUGUAGGUAUUUUCCGCUAUUUCCUUUGAAGCUUCAGAGUAUAAAUUUUCAUGUGUUAGUGUUGAACCAGUUCAGAUAAAACUAAGGUUUUAAGCAGGCAACAGUUAGAGUAUAAGAUGUAGGCUUAAGGCACGUUUGCGUUGUAUCAUUGCCUUUUACGACUUCUUAUGACCCAAACUAGUAGCAGAAUUUUUUCAGUGAUCUUCUAUGUUUUGUAAGAUCUUGUGAAGAAGGAAUGGCAGACAACUGCAAAAA